UCGACUUCAGUCUGAGGCUGUUGAUCGCCGCUGGCGGACGUUACCCACCUCCCGAUUCAACCGAUUCAACCGUUUUAAAACCGAACCGAUCCGACGUGCGUUCCAUAUAUAUUAUUUUUUUGCAGUUGCUAAAUGUUUUAAUUGACGCGUAACGGAUGUAAAGCGAAUUACGGAUUCCCAACAUGACGGAUAAAGAAAAUGAAAUACAGCCGGCGGCUGAGCCAGCGUCCUCUCCUGCUGCGGAGAAUGCUCCCGCAGCGAGUUCGUCGCCAAGGGUUUCGGUUGGCAAAGACUCUACCCCAAGAGGUUCCCUCGGAAAAGACUCUACCCCAAGAGCUUCGAUUGACAAGGACUCCACCCCAAGUGCUGCUGCACUCGUAGAAGACUCUACCCCGACUCCUGUUGCACCCGUGGAAAGCCAAUCGACAGCCGAGACCAAUGGCAAGGCACUGGUGGAGGCCAAGAAGCUGCCCGAAAUCUCCGCGGAACCCCUGAAAAAUGGCAAGGAGCCCGAGUCGAAUGGCAAGGAACUGCAGGAGGACAAUGACUUCAAGAACGUGUCCGAAGCUGAGGGUCAGCAAAAGAAAUUGCCGUACCCCAAGUCCGUGUUCUUCAUCAUCAGUAACGAAUUCUGCGAGCGUUUCAACUACUACGGCAUGAGAACCGUUUUGGUACUGUAUCUGAGUCGAGUUUUGGGCUAUUCCGAUGACACAGCCACCGUGGUCUUCCACAUCUUCACCAUGUUCGUGUACUUCCUGUGCAUUUUCGGCGCCAUCAUUUCGGACUCCUGGCUGGGCAAAUUCAAGACGAUUCUGUACCUAUCGAUGGUGUACAUAUGCGGGUCGGUGCUGCUGACCCUGGGGGCCAUUGGACCACUCAACCUGCCCAUGGAAACGUUCACGAUGCUGGGCCUGGCGCUAAUCGCCCUCGGAUCGGGUGGCAUAAAGCCCUGCGUUUCGGCCUUCGGCGGCGAUCAGUUCAAGGUGCCGGAGCAGGUGAAGCAGAUCACCUCGUUCUUCUCGCUCUUCUACUUCUCGAUCAAUGCCGGUUCGCUGAUCUCCACCACGGUGACGCCGAUCCUGCGCGAGGAUGUGUCCUGCUUCGGCGACAUCAACUGUUAUCCCCUGGCCUUCGGAGUGCCCGCCGUUCUGAUGAUCGUCUCGGUGAUCGUCUUCGUUCUGGGACGAUCGCUGUACAAGAUGAAGCCGCCGGCGGGCAACAUGGUGGUGCUGGUUAGCAGCACCAUCUGGACGGCCCUGACCACCAAGUGCAAGCAGAAGAAGACCAAUCCCCGCGAGCACUGGCUGGACUAUGCCGAUGUCAAGUACGACCGCCAGUUGAUCGACGACGUGAAGGUGCUGAUGCGCGUCCUCUUCCUCUACCUGCCGCUCCCCGUCUUCUGGGCACUGUUCGAUCAGCAGGGCUCGCGUUGGACCUUCCAGGCCACCCGCAUGGACGGCGACAUGGGCUCCUGGGACAUCAAGCCCGACCAGCUGCAAGUGCUCAAUCCCCUGCUCAUCCUGCUCUUCAUCCCCCUGUACGAUGUGGCCUUCUAUCCGGUGCUGAGUCUCGUGGGCAUCCGACGACCACUGCAGAAGCUCACCAUGGGCGGCAUCCUGGCCGGCAUUGCCUUCAUUAUUUCCGGUGUGGUGGAGGUCAAUCUGGAGAAAACCUAUCCCGCCCUGCCCUACAGCCAGAACAUUCAGCUGCGCGUCUUCAACACGGAGAAAUGUGACUACACCUUCACCUCCGAUUUGGCGGGCGUGGAGAGCGUGCUGGUGCCGGCGCUGAAUGCGUACACCAACAAGGAUAUCUAUGUAUCCGGCUCGGUGGACCUCCAAUACUCGCUGACCACGACGAAUCCGGACUGCACGUUCGAAGUGCUCGAUGCCACCCAAACGCUGAAAGAGAAGAAGGCCUGGUCGCUGUUCCUGAAUCCUAUGAAUGCGAGCAAACACUAUUGGGAGGAGGACUUCGUGGACAAGCCCAGCGAGAGUCAUCCGCUGAUCCGCAACGUGGCCAAUGUGCCGCAGGAUGCCACCAUCCGUUGGGAAAGUGUUUCCAAGGGCGAAGUGGCCUACGAGGCGUUGGCCGCCAAGACGCUACUCACGCGCGUCAAUUCGGCGAACUACAAGGUCUAUGUGGAUGAGUCGCUCCUUGGCGAGUUCAAUGUCCACACGGGCGGAGUGUACACGCUACUCAUAGCCAAACCGGACACCGGGGACUAUCAAUCCAAUCUCGUCGAGGUGACGGUACCCAAUUCGAUGUCAAUCCUCUGGCUGGUUCCGCAGUACGUGGUGAUGACGCUCGGCGAGGUGAUGUUCUCCGUCACCGGACUGGAGUUUUCCUACGCCCAGGCACCGCCCAGCAUGAAGAGCGUACUGCAGGCAUGCUGGCUGCUCACCGUGGCCUUUGGCAACGUCAUCGUGGUCAUCAUUGCCGAGGCCGCACUGUUCGAAUCGCAGGCCAGCGAGUUCUUCCUUUUCGCCGGCCUCAUGUUCGCCGACAUGCUGCUCUUCAUGGUGAUGGCCUACUACUAUGUGCCCAAUGAUCCCAACAAGGCGGAGGAGGCCCAGCCCCUGACGGGCGGCGAUGCCAAGGCCGAGAUCCCGCCCCUCGAGGGCGGCGUGGAAAACAAGGGCAAGGACAUUGACGAGUAGGAUCUACGAUCUAGGAUCUACGAUCUAAAUUCGAUCUGAAAUUCGCUCCUGUGUUGUGUAUUAUAUGUAUUUGUAGAUGUGUAUAUGUGAAUCCUUAGUGGCCACUGUCCAUUCCCAGCUAAGUGUAAGUGCGUUGUUGCAUAUGACCAGACAUCCAUCUGGUUAAUCUAAUAAAUGAAAACUAUUGAUAUAUAA